CGAUCACAAGUCGCAAUAUAACAUUCCCAGCUUACUCGCACCGAUAUCACGGCCGCGCAGGCAUUCACCAGCCGGGGAAUCACCCCAGCGUCGAUCACACCGGCUGGGCAAUACAUAUAGCCCCCAUCACUCCCAACCUUGGGCGGGAGGAGGUGUGGCCGACGGCGAAUUCAAAUACCGGUACUUCCUUCCCCAUUUCCCCUCCCCCCAGGGACGAUGUGAGCCCUGCUACCCGUCAUUGGACGCGACUACCAACAACUCUAUUUCAAGUCACUCGUAAUCAAUCGCUAGACCCGCUUAUCUUUGUCACGACUGAUUACGCAGACUGAAACCUUCUUCCUGCGCGGUCGCAGUGUCCACAGCGCGGCGGCCAGUAUCAUACAUAACUCGAGUAUCGUGCCGUAAGACUUACGAGCUAACCGCCGCGCAUGCUGGCACUCGGCACAGAUGGGUAUUUAUCAUAACUUGCAUGUAAGUGGGUGAGUAAGCGCAGGGCUGUGCUGCCGACGUAUCGUGCAGUAUCAUAUGAUACCGGGGUUGGAGCGGUGAUGGUACUGUAGGUAAUGGUGAUCGGGAGCUUCAUAUCAUACUUGUGUCAUACGUUGAGGUAGAGUAUGUGAGGGGUGGGGUAAAAUCCCGGUAUUCAAGUAUCGUACCGGUGGCGGUGGUGAAGGUUUGGAGGGACUUGUUUUGAUGGGCGAUUCUGAGGUGUCUUCACCUAAUUCACUACUGUUCUGCUGUUACAGUAUCGUGCGUUCCCUUCCUAGAUAUAUAACUCGCCGCGGGAUAGUUCUACCAGCGUGCGAGCAGGUUAUCAUACCUCCCUCCUUCGCCUCAUAACAUGCCGUACCCAUAAUCGCCAUACAUCAUCAUCAUCAUCUCUCCUCCGGAUAACUAUUCUAUUGGUAAACCCGACUUCCUUUUCCCCCCUCAUCCAACCCCCACCACCCAUUACCGGCCAGUACGGCGGUGAUCCCCUCACGAAUAAUCACUCGCUCCAAGAGAAACUGCAGAUCACUCCAUUGUGUAGAGUACGCUGCUCAUCCACCCACCCGUUUGCGCACUCACCAUACCGCAAGAUCUCCGUAAAUCUUUCUCUCGCCACUCCUUCCCCCACUUCUCUCUCAUACUAUACGUGUGCUAUACUCGGCACGCAUACAGUGCGCAAAUCCGUGGGCAGCGGAAAGAGAAAAAAAAAAUCUCUCAGCUUCACGAGCUUGAGCACUUACCCACCCCAAGACAAUCUAACAAUCUACAAGUACCGAACUAUCGAAGUAUACGGCAGUGGGGUACGAGUACGGUACGGUAGGUGAAGGGAAGGGAUCCGUGGGUUUGGAUGGAUUUAUUGCCGUGCUGUUGCAGUGCUCGUACCGGUACAAGUAUUUCCACGACCGGUACUCGAGCGCUGUACCGGCACGUGCUUAUACCACCCAUCCAGAGAAGUGGAGGGGGGAAGCUGAAACUGGUCAAAGUUAUUCUCCGAUUUGUCGGUCCUUCUUUCGUCAGAUGGGUGGUGGAAGCUGAAACGUUGAAGGGGUGGAAUAUUUUCUCGCGGCGCUUAUUUGUGGUGUACGGUAUGUUAAUUAUGGUGAUGAUAAGCUAA